AUGAAAUUGUUAGUUAGGAAAGGAUUUUGGGCAAAUGUUUCCCUUUCUACGAUAAAUCUCUUACCCAUGUUGGCAAAUCCAAAACCAAUCCGUUUUCUUAAUAGGGGUUUCUUUUUUCAGGUCGAACGACGGCAACUAACUUCGGAAGUGUACGAGUGCGUGUCGGAGUUCAUAAGUUUCAUCACGGGAGAAGCGUCGGAUAAGUGUCAGAAGGAGAAGAGGAAGACGAUCAACGGCGACGAUUUACUUUGGGCGAUGACGACGUUAGGGUUCGAGGAUUAUGUGGAGCCAUUGAAGGUUUAUUUGCAGAAGUAUACAGAGGUGGAAGGGGAGAGGAUGGCGACGACUACAGGGAGAGGCGAUAAGGAAGGUUGA